AUGGACCCUCUAGCGGCGGUUGGCUUAGCGUCUAACAUUAUCUCUUUCAUCGAUUUCACCUGGGAGCUGGUCACAGGCGCUUGGAGCGUAUACAAAUCAGCGGAUGGCACCACGGUCGAGAAUGCCACGCUUGGAACCAUCAUUACGGAUUUAGAGAAAGCUUCGAGUCAACUGAUUUCCGACAUCAAAGGAACGACGCAAAACGAAAAAGCCCUACUCCUUCUGGCUGAGGAAUGCUGGGAGCUCUCCCAACAACUAUCCGACACUCUCAGAAAACUGAAAGCGAAAGUUGAGAAUUCUAAAUGGGAAAGUCUCAAGACCAAAUGGACUAGCAUGCGCAAAGAAAAAGAGAUCAUGUCUAUCGAGUCCAGAUUGUCCAAGUACCGAUCGCAAAUAUUUCUGCGUCUCCAAUUCAUGUUUGGGCACCAACAAUCUUUAGUCAACGCUCGCCUUGAUUCUAUUCUGAAUGACGCGAGAAAGAUUAACAACGAGCAUGCCAGGCAACUCGAGUCGUUGCGCAAAGAGCUUUUAGAUGCAGUGGAGCACUUACGAGAGCUUCACGAGGAAGAUGGACAGAAAUGGACAAACAAACCAGACGAGGCUCCUGUGUCUAUGUCUUCAUAUGAUGUUUGCUCCGCUUUAACCCAUGUUUAUCAGCUAUCGGUGAACAUGGCGAACGAGAAUGAGAUCCUCAGCCGUCUGUAUUAUCCUUCCAUGUAUUAUCGGGAAGAUUCUGAGCAAGAUAAAGCAGCCGAUCAAGGAGAUAAUAAGUUAACUGCCAAGAAGGUAGAAAUGCGUGAUUCCUUCUUGCAGUGGUUAAGAAAUGGCACUGGAAUAUAUCAUGUAAGCGGCAAGGCAGGGUCUGGAAAGUCAACCUUGAUGAAACUUCUCUGCGAUAGCUCGCGCGUCCGGGAAGAGCUUCGUUCCUGGGCCAAGCCCCAUCAACUAGUGUUUGCUAAAUUCUUUUUCUGGAAUGCGGGCGAUCAACUGCAACGCUCAAUCGAAGGUCUUUAUCGGGCUAUACUCUUUGAGGUUUUGAAAGGAUUCCCUCAGCUUAUCCCUCACGUCUUCCCGGACAACUCCAUACCCCUUCAGUCGUCCUCAAAUGAUGCCAGCCUACCGCACUAUCGUCUUGAAGAAGUUAAGAUAGCAUUCAUGAAGCUCGUUGCGCUACCCGCUGUUUCAAACCAGCGCAUUUGUCUUUUUAUUGACGGUCUUGAUGAGUACGAGGGAGACAGUUUAGAUCACUGGUCAAUUGCCAGGGAUAUGGAGUUGUGGACAAGAUCAAAAGGCGUUAAGAUCUGUGUGACUAGCCGACCACAUACCGAGUUUAUGGAGUCCUUUUAUUGCUGUCCUCGCCAACAAAUCCAAUUGCAUCUGCUCACACGGUCUGAUAUCCGUCAAUAUUGUCUGGCCAUGAUGGAGAAAGAUCGACACUUUGAGCGAAUAAAAGCAACCUACCGGGAAUUAGCAGAAAGCAUUGUAAUCCGGGCAGAUGGUGUUUUUCUAUGGGCGAGACUAGCCACACGUUCCUUCCUUGGAGGUGUAGGCUACCGCGAUUCUCCCGAAACGCUUCGCAGGAAGCUAGGCGCAAUUCCCGAUGACAUGAAAGCGCUUUUCGACAAUAUGCUCGGUGGAGUAGAUUCUUCUGCCCGUGAAGAGGCAGAUAAACUAUUGCUCAUUGCCCUUGAAUUGACAUCUUCUAGUCUCCCGGCAAUUUUGUAUUCCUGGCUUGAUGAUCUUCACGAUGUGGAAUUUCCAUACUGCGUAACGACGAUGGGAUCUUUCGAAGAAGAGCUACAGAAUAGGAGCGAUAUCGUCAGAAGCAAAAUAGACUCACUGUCGAAAGGGCUACUCGAACUCCACACCCAGCCGAGUACAGAGGGAUGCAGCAAAUAUGAGGUAGCGUUUUUCCAUCGUGCUGCUCGAGAUUAUCUCCGUGAUUCGAAGGCCAAUCAGUUGAAGAAGCGUCUUCCGCACUUUGAUGUCCAGGAGUCAUGUUGUCGAUUACUUCUUGCGUAUCUCAUAUUUGGCCGCAUACAGUACGACAAGGGUCAAGAAGUUGACGACUGGUUCAGUAUCUGGGUUGUUCUCUCUUCAUUAUUGGCUUGUUUGAGUCACUCGCCCACAUCAUCGAAAAUUGUAGCGGUAUGUGAGAACAUGUGGGGUACCUCGAUACUGUCCCAUAUCCUAAUUAGAUUUCACUACUGUGGACGCAACACUUUGUCUGUGCUUCAUUCCCAGUUCGAAAACAGGUUUCCUUAUUUGUGCUGGCUACUUUGUGAGAAGCAGACUCAUUUUGUGCUAGAAAGACUUGCUGCGGGCACCAGCCUCCCAAAAGACCCAUCUUUUCAGAGGCAGCUCUUCCUCCUGUCAGUCGUCUAUGGCCAUACGGAUGUGGUGCGAAUCCUGUUACAGAAGGGGCUAUCCCCCAAAGACAAAUUCCCUGUGGAACUAGGCGAAGGUAGAAAAGGAAACAUGUUGUCCUUGUGGAUAAUCGCCCUCACCUUGUGCGCUCAACAGAUGAUUGAUAACCCCAAUAGCAAAAGCGCAGGAAUCCUGCAAGAGAUUCUUUCAUUUAGUUCAGAGCUUGACCAUGAUGCGUAUUUCCUAGUUCAUCUUUACAAGGAUGGGAAAGAAAUGCGGAACAUAGGCCCAGAGCAACUGAAGAUCAUAUCCCUGCAGCAAUUAUUGACUCUACGAGAUACACGUGAAUCAAGGCAGCUGGUCUCGUUGAUCACUCGCCGUACACAGUCACACUGGUGGAAUCGACUCAUGGCUAGUGCCCCUAGUUGCUCCAAGAUGGACUAUCAACCUUUCACUGGCAAAAUCCCUGAGAGCCAGGAGUUGCAAUUCAGAAUAUAUAGCGUCCAAACAAGAAGGGAAAAGUUUGAAGGGGGACUUGAGUUCUUUAUUGGAUAA